UAAUAUAAAAUUAAACAAAAAAUAGAUAUGAUACAAAAAUUGUUCUUAAAUAUGUAUUAUUCAUAAUCAUUAAUUGUCAUAUAUAUGUUAAUCAUAUUAGGUAAUUCAAUAGAUUUUAUUUAAGAAAAAAUUGAAAUAUUAUUUUGUACACUACUAAUCAAUUUGAUAGUUAGUUUAAUAAAAUUUAUAAUAUAUUUUUGUAUGGAGCAAUUAUUUUCUAAGUAUUCUAAGAGUCAUCCUAAUGAUAAUACGGAGUUACGAAAAUAUGUUGUUAUGGAUUAAUACAUAGGGGAUUCCAAUGGUUGUUGGUGGUUUUACACUUAAAAUGAUGCAUGCGUCAAUUUGAGUCCAUUUAAAAAACAAUUUCUAAAUUUUUAUAAUGGGCUUCAGAAUAUUAUAUGACUGUUUAGUUUCUAGCCUAAGCCAAUUAAGACAAAUAUUCAUGAGAUCAAUCAGUUCACACCGCAUCUAUGCCUCAAAUGUUGAAAAAAAUAUGCAUCGUUAGUAUGUUCAUGAUGUUGUUUUUGGUACACACCUCUCUUUGAAAAAGGCAGUAGAUAACUGCGUAAGGCAAUGCAUCCCAAACUUUUGUAUGAAACAUCGAAUAAUAAAUCUAGAAAUAUGCAAUCAAGUCUGCGGAAAUAUAUGCAUCGAUUCUAAAAGCAAUGGGAUGUUCAGUGUCCAUUCAGAUGGUAAGCAUAUGAUGAAUUGUAUUUGCUCAUUUUUAGGCUUAAUUGUCCUGGAUACUAAAGGUAGAAUGGAUUACGAUAUAUAUUGUUCGAAAAAUAUGCAUAAAGCUUGAUUGCUUUUACAUAUGAAAAUUAAAUUAGUAAAUCUACAUGGAUUUUUCGUAAUAUAUUUUAAGGCUUCGAAUGGUAAGCAGAUCAAGAAAACGCAGAUCAAGCAGAACAAAUGCAGAUCAAGCAGAACAAAUGCAGAUCAUGCAGAACAAAUGCAGAUCUAACUGGUUAAGCUAUUUUAUCGAAUUAGCGUAUUUAACCAAAUGUUAAAAAUAAAUUUGAAAAUUAAAUAUCUAAAAAAAAUACAAAUUCUUAUCAAUUAUUUUUUAAUUAAUUUAAUAAAUACAAAAAAAGUUUAAACAUUAUAUAAAAGGUAAACACAAUUAAAACAAAAAACCGUAAAAAAAAUAUCACUAUAAUAAAUAUAUUGAAACUUAAAAAUUAUAUAAAAUUCAUUAAAAUAACAAAGAGUAUUACUUGUCCCUUUAAUUAUUUUUAUAGUACAAACAAGAUCCCUUUAAUUAUUUUUAUAGUACAAACAAGAUCCAAAGACGUUAAUUAGGGCUGGAGAUAAAAUCCUUUUCCUGAAUUUUGAACCGAACCCGAACCAAAAAACUGACUCGUACCAAGUUCAAAAUGUAAAAUACUAAAUACCUGGAUGUGUUUUGUAGGGCGUUAUAAAACAUAUCCAAAGCGAAAGUGUUAUUAAACUGAACCUCAACGGGUGAAAACUAUCAAGAAAAAUCGAUCUGAAUGUCUAAAUUUAUAUAGAAUAUAAAUAUUUAAAAAAUAUAUAUAUACUUAAAAUAUUAAAUUUUCUAUUUAUUUUGCAAUGAUAUAUAUCAAUGAAUAUUUAAAAUUUAAAUAAGUAUCUUUAAUACUUCAUUCUAUGUAAAUAAUUGUAUAUGUUUUAUGUUUUUAUUUUAAAUUUUAGAUUUUAUUUUGGGUAUAUCCGAACUAAUUUAAUAUAAUCUGAAUCCUAAAUUUUUUUUUUAUAUCAUUUUCCUCAACCAUAAAAAUAAUAUUAUUUUAUUUAUGUUAAAUAUUAUCAAUUAUAAAAAAAAUAAACUAUAACAUAUAUGUUUCCUUACCUAUACAUUAUAUAAUUAUUUAGUAUCAACAUAUAUUCUUAGAUUAUAUAAAAAAUAAUAUGCAUGACUAUUUAUUAUUAAAAAUUAUAUAAAAUUGUGAAUAUGUAAUCUACAUAUACAUAAUUUUCUAUUAAAAUAUUUAUAGAAUAUAUAAAAUAUGCUUAUAAAAUUCGUUUAAAAUAAAUUACUAAUAAAAUGAAAAGAUGGAACAAUAUAUUAAAUGUACUUUUGAAAUGAAAUAUUAUGUGAAUUUAAAAGUGAAAGAAAUAAAUUAAAUGAAUAUAUUUAUUGGUAGCUGGAGAAGAAAAAAAAAAGAAAAACAAAACAAAAGACAAAUGAUUCUCAUUGGCCCUUAGCAUGUUUUUGGUGUCUUUCUUUUCUCUCCUGGAGAUCAUUAAAUCAAUGACCAAAUUUAUCCUGCAUGCAGAUUUUCAGAUUUUCUUUUGUUCUGCAUUUGAAAAAUUGAAUGGAAAAAAAAAUACAGUUCAAUCUGCAUUGGUAAUGAUCUGCAUAUGUACUGCAUUUGGACUGUGUUACAUUCAUAGCCUAAGUAUUUUGAUUUGUUUCACUGAAUAUUUUGCUUAAUAGUACUACUAGAUAGAAUGAUAGAUAAAGGUUGGUGAGAUAUAGGUUGCUACUAGUAAAUCGAGGAGACUCUUGAGCUUACUAAUUCUGUUUUGUGCAAAUAAAUAGCUAGUUAGUCAUCGUCAGCUCAUAGCGGGUAUCAAUAUACAAUACUAAAAAGGGAAUAAGGGCUCCCCUCAUGCUUCCAAGUCCUCACAAAUAAUCAACCAAUAGGAAACCAGAAAUGCGCCACGUCAUACAUUUAUUUUCUCGACAAAGAAAACAUCUAAUUUGGGCUGAACAAAAUUGAAAGUGGCCCUGUAAAGAACAGCCCAUCUCUUUCUCGAACAUGUUAGAGCAUCCUUAUCGGUAGUCUUUAGAGGGGAUCUAAUGCUAAUUAUGCAUUAAAAAUAAAUCAAAAGUAAUAAUAAAGGUUUGAGACGUCUCCUAUUGUUGCGAAGGAAGAGACGGUAUUGAGGGACACGCGUAAGCAAAAUAAGAGGAGAGAGGAGAACGCGUCUUCGGUUCUGUUUCUUUCUUUCUCUUGAAAUCUCUCUAUCUUUCUCUUCGAUGUCUCGGAAUUGUCUCUCUCCGUGGCUCGUCGACGUCUCGGAAUCGUCUCUCCCCGUGGCUCGUCGACGUCUCCCCGUGGCUCGUCGACGUCUCCCCUGGGUCUCCUCGACGGCGAAAGAGCGCUGUCUCUCUCUGUGGAUCUACUGGAACCGGAAGUUUUGUAGGUUCAAUUGCUUGUCGCGGUGGCUGUCGUCGACGAGACUCUGUGUCGGUGGCUCUCCUCAACGGCGAUUGAGCUCUCUUUGAUGGGAUUCCCCGAUUCGCUAAGGUAACGCUUCUGCUUCAAGUUAAUCAAUUUUGAUAAUCUUUCUGGCAUUUGAUUUGUCAAGUUAAUAAUUUUUGACAAUGUUUCUGUCGUUUGAUUCUGUCAAGUUAAUAAAUUUUGAUAAUGUUUCUGUUGUUUGAUUCUGUCGGCAUUGACUGUAAAAUAUUUUGUUUCAAUCUCGUUUUUCUUGUUGCAAGGUUAUGAUUAAUAUGUUUUUUUGUUUCUCUCUUUGUGUGGUGAGAUGAAUGGAUGAACUCGGCUUUGAUGUGUUCUGUGGAAAGAGAGGUGAAGAAGCUUCAUCAAUAAAGCUGAAUGCGCUUGCAUGUUCUUUCUCCUUUGUCUCCUUUUUCUCCUCUGUCUCCUCUUUCUCCUCUGUCUCCUCUUUCACCUCAUUCACCUCUUUCUCCUCUACCUCUGACGUCGGAAAUGGAUUUCAAUCCAUUUCAAGACUCUGCCAAAUUUGUUGAACUACUUAAUAGUCAACAAAAUGUUGCCUUUGGCAGUCAAGGAAGUGUUUCGCAAUCUACAACGCACGCUCCUUUCGUUGGCACGCAAGAAGAUCCAAUCAUUGCUGACGAGCUUCCAGCAGAGCGUCAUCCCCGGAGAAGGAUCACGGACAUGUUGUGUGAAGUGUUGUGUUGUCACGGACUUUGUCAUCUUGUUGCGUCUUGUAGUCUUGUGUCUUGUGUUGUCACGGACUUUGUCACGUCUUGUAGUCUUGCGUCUUGUAGUCUUGUGUCUUGUAGUGUCACGGACUUGUACUCUUGUGACUUGGCAUCACUCUUGUUUCAUAAUUGUACCGAACACAAACGCUUCUCUAUAUAUUGCACUUUCUAUUAAUCAAGUUUCAUAUCUUCUCUCUCGACAUGUAACAAGAGCACAACUCUUUAAUCACAAAGUAUCUAUUUUUUCUUAAACAAACUCUCAGGUCUCUUUUCUCACUCUUGUUUCAGAAGUUUCUCUUUUCUCUCUUUUAUCACAAGUUCACGUUUAUCAAAAAAAUAUCAGAAGAUUAUCUUUUCUCUUUUUGAUCACAAGUUUCUCUUUUUGAUCACAAGUUCUCGUUGAAAAAAAAAAUAUUACAAUUUUCUCUCUAUGGCUUCUUCUUCACAAGAUCCAUUUGACUCUUUUGAUGCUGCAGUUGAUGAUGCAUUUGAUGAUCUUUUUGAGCAAGCUUUUGAAAAUAUUUCCAUUCAUGUUGAUCAAGAAGAACGAAGAAAAAAAAGAAAAAAACGAGCUUAUAUCGAACGACAUCGUGAGGAAGGGCAUAUUCGUUUAUGGAAUGAUUAUUUCAGUGAAACUCCAACGUAUCCUGAUAAUUUCUUCCGACGACGUUUUAGAAUGAACAAGCCAUUGUUCAUGUUUAUUGUUGAUCGACUUUCCAACGAAGUUGAAUAUUUUCGGGAAAAGAAAGAUGCUCUCGGAAGAAAAAGUCUAUCUCCCCUUCAGAAGUGUACUGCAGCCAUUCGUGUCUUGGCAUAUGGUUCUGCGGCAGAUGCGGUCGACGAAUACCUCCGGCUCGGUGAAACAACAACUCGGUUAUGUGUAGAACAUUUUGUGGAAGGGAUAGUAGAUUUGUUCGGCGAUGAAUACGUAAGGAGACCAACCCCGACUGAUCUUCAGCGACUCCUUUAUGUUGGAGAACAUCGUGGAUUUCCCGGGAUGAUAGGAAGCAUCGAUUGUAUGCAUUGGGAGUGGAAGAAUUGUCCAACCGCUUGGAAAGGGCAAUAUUCUCGUGGUUCGGGUAAACCAACAAUCGUUUUAGAGGCGGUUGCUUCGUAUGAUCUUUGGAUAUGGCAUGCGUUUUUUGGACCUCCAUGUACUUUAAGUGAUAUCAAUGUCCUUGAUCGCUCACCUAUUUUUGAUGACAUUAUAAAAGGUCAAGCCCCUAAAGUCACUUACUCUGUCAAUGGAAGAGAGUAUCAUAUGGCUUACUAUCUCACUGAUGGUAUUUAUCCGAGAUGGGCUACUUUUAUCCAAUCUAUUCCACUGCCACAACACCCGAAGGCUGUUUUAUUUGCUCAACAUCAAGAAGCUACCCGAAAAGAUGUCGAACGUGCUUUUGGAGUCUUGCAAGCUCGGUUCGCCAUUGUCAAAAAUCCGGCGAAGUUUUGGGAUAAAGCCAAAAUUGGGAAGAUUAUGAGAGCAUGUAUCAUAUUACAUAAUAUGAUUGUAGAAAACGAACGAGCUGCAAACACUCAAUUCAAUGUUGCAGAGUUCCAACAAGGAGAAGACAACGGAAGUGCACAAGUCGAUCCCAAUAUUUCCCAUGAAAUGCAUACAAAUAUCGCCAAUAUGAUGGAUGCUCGAACUCGAAUUCGUGAUGGACCAAUGCAUCACCAACUCAAAGCUGAUUUGGUUGAACAUAUAUGGCGUAAAUUCGGAUUUGAUGAAGACAACAACUGAGCUCGGAAUCUUCUUUCAAUUAUUAUUCUCGUUUAUUUUCCUAAUCUUCAAUUCUAUGUUUUAUUUGAAAUUCAGUGUUUAAAAUGUAAUGUUUAAUAAUUUUAUUUAAAAAUUUUAAGAUAAAUGUUUUUUUUUUUAAACUCUAAAAUUAGAGACUUGCAAUGGACACACUUAUUUGAAGGUCUCUAUCUUAAGUUUCUUAAAGUCACUUUUCCAACUUAAUAAUAUUAAAAAAAUAAUUAGAACCCCUUAGUGAGUAUUAGGGAUAAGGAUGCUCUUACCCUUCUACUCCGACUCUUCCAAUUCACUAUAUAACUACCCCUUUCGUGUUUCAAAAAAAAAACUACCCUUUCAUAUUCUUUCUCUCUCCCGAGUCAUCUCCUUCUGAAACUCGAUCUGAUCACUGAGAAUCUACGACGACGAAGAAGGUGGAGGACGACGAGGAAGAAUGAGAAUCUCAGGCUACGUAAUCGUUGAUUUAUCUGUAACUGUAUUCUAUUGCGUCGAUCGUAGUGUUCACGCGUGUCCCGUCGUCCUCAUCCUCUCCAACAACGAUCUCAACAGCGGCGGCGACGAUCCCGGAGUCGGAGACUCCUCUAACUUCGAGGAAUUCGGCGAAUCCGAACCCAAAUCCGAAGAGGAGCUCGAUCCCGGCUCGUGGCGACGAAACUUUCGAUAGGUUGAUGGAGGAAGCGUUGGAGGAGAUAGAGGCGGCUUAUUCAGCCGGAGAUCCACACUCGCAGUCGCUGAUGGGCUUCGUCUACGGGACGGUGAUGAUAAGGGAGAAGAGCAAAAGCAAAUCCUUCUUUCGCCAUAACUUUGCUGCUGAAGGUGGGAACAUGCAGUCAAGGAUGACACUUGCCUUCAUGUAUCUAACUCUUCGAAACAUGUAAUGCAGUUGUCUCUUUCUUAAUGCAACUUCUGGGUCACACUUCUACUUUGACGAUGAGGUGAUAGCAAGUCAAACUUUAUUUGAUGAGUUGUGUGCCACAAACGUAAGUGACUCCACCAGUGGUACCGAAUACGGUGGAGUCCAGAAGCUGGAGGCAGUUUCAUUAGCGGAGUUGAACGCCUACGUUCUAACCUCACUCCACAAGUACGUUUUCUGAUUUAACAUCUACUCAAGCGUUCUAAUAUUCAGGACAUUAAACCCAUAUAACUCACUUAAACACAAAAUAUUGAGUUCAUAUUCAGGACAAUGUCUCCUCCUGCACAUGCACUAUAUGUUUUAACGCAAGUGCUGUUGGAGUUGUGAGGUUGUUUCCUAAAUAUUAUCUUAAACCUCCAAACUUUUCAAAAAUCUUUUGACUUUUUUUACUCACCAAUUUGUUAACAUUCAAAGUUUGAUGCUUUUAAAGAUAACGUGUUGAGAUGAUGGUGGCAAAUGGAGAAGAAUCGCUGUCUUUGUUGCCUUCGACACAGCUAUCACUAAGCUCACCUAUGCCAGGGCCACAGAGGUUUCCAACCCUAUUGUGAGUGACAUCGACAUACUCCGAGCAUCAACUAAAUUUUGAUGUAAGUUAAUAAAAAUUUGUUGACAUGGAUUUUGCUUUACUUCAGGGUUAUGGUGAGCAAGACCCAGCAGAAUAUAACCUCCCUUACUUCCUCCAAGACAUUGUUCUGAAGAGCUACAUUUCAUCUCAAGCUUACAGAGUUAAUUUUUCUUUCCUCCAUGAGUUAUUUACUGUCGCACGAAUCUUUGACCCCAAUCAGAGAAACCCAGGGCCCUCCUUUGCACUGCAUGUAACUCAUAGAAAAUUCUCGCCACUUGGGUCUCAUUAAACAGCAAACUACUUACAAAUUUAACUGUUCGUCUAAAGGGUGAGGGCAACAAUCGUGGUGACAAUAUCUCUGGAGAAAAUUGUGCUUUUUGCAAGUACCCUGUCGGUGACUCCUUCUCAAAGGACACUCAUCUUCCUGAAGCUAAUGACCAGACCAUUGGACCUGCAAGUGUUGUGCAAGAAGCGUCAAACACCUACCAGGUGGAGUCCAAUAGUGAGAAUGUUGAUGAUCCACAGGACCACCACAAAGAAGGCCCGCAAAGCUUAGUUUUCACCAUGGAGCGGAAUAGAGGAACAAAUGUUUCUCCCAUGCAUAUCGUCAAGGCACUCACAUUAUGUUUUUCCAAAUAAUAGUUAUGACACUAAGUCCACCAUGAAGUUAAACAUUUUGCGUUUAUGAUAUAGAACAUAUUUCAAAUUUUCAGUAA